AUGGCAGGGGCGAUCGACGAGAAGCAUGCCGCCGCAGACACGAUGGGCACCAAGACUCCUCCGGGGAACGACCCAGCCAUUCUAGAGAACGAUCCUGCACUCACAGGCAAGCCCUGGAUGUACAAAACAACAAAGCUUGGCCCAAUCAAGAUCCCCUACUACGCGUCACCACCGUCUCAACUCGGCCUUGUUGCCUUUGUCUGCUUCUUGUGCCCUGGCAUGUUUAAUGCCGUCAACGGUCUGGGAGCUGCUGGACAAGUCGAUCCUUACGAUAUCAACAAUGCUAAUAUCGCUGUAUAUGCAACAUUUUCGGUGGUUGGCUUUUUUGCUGGCAGCAUCGCUAACCGCAUUGGCCUCAAGCUGACGCUGGGGCUCGGUGGUUUUGGCUAUUUCCUAUAUGUUGCCUCGAUCCUCUCAUACAACCACAAUAAGAAUGCGGGUUUCUUGAUCUUUGCUGGAGCACUACUGGGUGUCUGUGCGGGCAUGCUGUGGACUGCGCAGGGUGCUGUUAUGAUGAGCUACCCAUCCGAGAAGAGCAAAGGAAAGUAUAUAUCGUGGUUCUGGAUGAUCUUCAACCUUGGAGCUGUUAUUGGCAGUCUGAUCCCACUCGGUCUUAACUUGCACUCCGAAGCGGGGGCGGUUAGCGAUGGAACAUAUAUCGCUUUCAUGGUCCUAAUGGCUCUUGGCUUCUUCCUUGCAUUCUCGCUGGUUGACUCGAAAUUUGUGCGGCGAGCUGACGGGUCUCACGUCGUGGUCAUGAAAAACCCUACCUGGAAAUCUGAGAUUCUCGGCCUCUUCGAGGUUCUGAAGACUGACUGGUAUAUCGUUUGCCUUUUCCCGAUGUUCCUCGCCAGCAACUGGUUUUACACCUACCAAUUCCAGGAUGUCAACGCAGCAUAUUAUAAUAUUCGAACUCGAGCUCUGAACAACACUCUCUACUGGCUUUCACAAAUAAUUGGAGCAUAUGUUCUAGGCUAUGGGUUAGACAUCAACGUUCGCCGCACAUCCAGAGCCAAGGCUGGCUGGGCGUUCAUGCUGGUCAUCACAAUGGUUGUCUGGGGCGGUGGAUAUGCCUUUCAGAGAAGAUAUACUCGUGAACAGGUAUCAGCGGAGACUUACAGGGCCAUGGACUUCAAUGAUUCUGGCUACAUUGGCCCGAUGUUCAUGUACAUGUUCUAUGGACUUUACGAUGCCAUGUGGCAAACUUAUGUUUACUGGUUGCUUGGAUCUCUAACGAACAAUGGCCGCAAAUUGGCAAACUUCACGGGCUUCUACAAGGGUAUCCAGUCUGCUGGGGCCGCCAUAGCACCAGCCAUUGACAAUAGAAGAGUCCCCUAUAUGACAAAUCUCGCUGCCGCUUGGGGCUUGCUGGCUGGUAGCUUGAUUGUAGCUACACCCGUGAUAUUUAUGAAAAUUCAGGAUACGACUUCUCUUGAAGAAGAUCUGAAGUUCUCGGAUGAGACAUUUGCUGAGGUUGCUCCUACCGAGGCUAAGUUGGCUGUGCUUGGUGGGAAGAAAUGA